AUCUCACAGUCCAGUGGGGAAGACAGCCCUGCCCCGUCGGUGACAACACAGAGUGGUCAGGACUCUGAUGGAGGAAGCACAGAGGGCUGAGGGACCCAGCUUGAGGAGCAAACAGGGUUCUGUGGAAUAGGGGAUGUCCCACCUGGUUUAGUGAGAAUGAACCAGGAGAAGGUUCUGGGCAGAAGAUACCGCAUGAGCAAAGGCCAGGAGGCUGGAGAGCACAUGGCUCCUUUGAAGAACUAAAAUCUGUCCCCUACAGUUAAUAACACUUUGUUCAGAGGAGAGGAGCAAUCGGCCCCAAAAGGCUGUUUGAAGGCCACUCAACUGUCCAGGGUUGUAAAAAGUUGAAGGUUUAGUUGAAGGUGUUAUGCAAGGAGUGGAGCUGGGGAGGGAACCCCGUCAGGUUGUGUUUUAUAAAGCUCCCCUUGGCUACUGUGUGUAGGUGGAUCAGAGGAUAAAAGAGUGGAGGCUGGGAACCCAAGGGGCGCCCAGAAGCGGAGAAGGGAGAGUGGGCAGGAGGGAGCCUGAGUGGACAGUUCGUGGAGAGGGCAGGGAGGUAUCCAGAAAGGAGCCUAAAGCUAUAUCCUGGAGAUGGGGUUUUAGCGGGGCCACCCUGAGAAGAAAACCCUGGAGGGGCAAGUUUGCGAGGGGGAAGGGGGUGAAUUGCCCCUUCCUAAUCAUGUCCCUCCUUGGAGUCUACCUUUGUUCCCCAGAGACACAUUUCCCAGGCCUGAGCAAGCCCACGCAGUCUCCCCUCUGUACCUACCCACUCCCACCCCUGCCCCCAAAAUCCAUUCCAAUCCUGUACUGCUUCUGAAAACAGCUGGACGACUUGGUUAACAAAUUCCAACCGGUGAGAACUGGUCUGAGGAGUCUUAAACCUACCUUCCUGGGGGGUGGCCUGGAGAAAACUGCCUCCUUGUCCCCUUGGUGAGAACAUUGAGGGGUGGGGCAAUGCUGUUCAGGCUUUCAGGGCACUAGCACUGUUUUAUUUCUGCCUUCUUUAUUUCUUUCUGUCACACAGUCUGGGCAUUUAACAAACUUUCACUGGGUGCCUGCUUUGUGUCCAGCCCUGUGCUAGGCGAUGCUGUGGACCAAGCAGUGGGUGACUGAGAUAACCUUGGUACAUGUCCUCAGGGCCCCACAGUACAGACAGUGACAGCCCAGGGCAAGGAUGGGGGAGGCAGGGGCAGAGGAGUCAAGGCCUAGAAAGGGGAAGCACAGGACACCAUGGGAGCCCCAGAAUGGGUCCUAACCCAUCCUAGAGCCUCAGAGAGGGCUUCAUCCUUUGAGACGAGUUCUGAUGAGAAUUCCGGGUUCUGGGAAUUGAGGAUACAUUUUCAGGAUGGGAAAGCAAAUUGAAAGAUCCAGAGGCCUUUUAUUUUUCUCAUUUUUGAGCACUUGCUAUGUACCUGGGAUUGUUGUAGGCACUGGGGAUAAGGCAGGGAAGAAAACAGAAUCUCUGUUCAUGGUGGUGGAGAGCACUUGAAGCCAUUUUAGAAAAACUUAAAGUCAAUGGUGUCACAGGUUUGUAGGGAGCAAGAAGGGGUGUGCAUCAGGCCAGACCUGAAGGGCACUGAAGCAAAAAUAUGAGUUUGAACUUUGUCCCUGGGAUAGUGGGGAGCCAUGAACCAGUUUCCAGCAGCAGGGGUGCCACCCUGAGAGAGGAAGGAUGGGGCGUCAGGAGGAUGUAUGAGGCACCACCAGAGGACAUGCUGAGAAGUCCUUAUAAGAAGAAGGCCGCGGGGUAAAGUGUGGUGGGCAGGACAGGGGCGGUGAAGGGGCGGGGCUGCGAUCGCCCAGGCAACACAGGCCGCGCCAAGCUAUUGGCUGGUCUUCAAAGCGUCAUCCUCCCCCGCCCCGCAGCGUCCGGCCUCUGAGCCCAGGGGGCGCGGCCUCAGCUAGAGGCUCAGCCCCUCCCGUCUGGAAAGCCGGGUGGAAUGGGGCAGUGCCAGCCAGUCUUGCUCCGAGAUGCGGUCCAGGCCGGUGUAAAGGGAUCGCAGAGAGCAAUAAUGACGAUCUUGGAGCGAGGACAGUAACUGAGUUGAAAGAAACCGCGUGGAUAUCCCCGCCACUCUAGCGACGCGGCCCCGCCUCCCAGCGAGUCGGAAUCCUUUAAAUGGUCCGCGGAGCAAGGGAGGGGAGGGCAGGCAGGGCGUCUCCUCGGGGGGGACGUAAGGUGGCCCCGCCCAGCCAAUCCUCGCCCCGGGGCGGGCAGGACUCCAGCAAAUCGUGGCUCGCGGCUCGGCUCGCAGGCGGAGCUGGGUGGGCCAGAGGCCAGACCGAGAGGCCCCGGGGAGGUGAUCGAGGCCCCUACCCAGCAUUGGAGGGUCCGCAAAGCCGCGGGCGUUCCCGGAGGUGGUCAUUGCGAACCUGGCAGCUGAGGUGAGGUGUGGCUGCCUGGCUUGGGAUCUGCCUUGGGUUGAGGGAGGCGGAGGCGCGUCCCCCAGGGCUGUGGAGGCGGAGUACGGGCGGGAGUAGGGGGCGCAGAUUAAGGGUGAUGAUAGGGUUUUAGGGGAGGGUUGGGGACCGGAGUUUCGAGAUCCUGGACGGAAGGCGAAGUUUUGGGGGCAGGAUCUUCGAGUGGAGGGAGUUUGACGCUGGGACAUGGGGUGUUCGGAGAAGGGAGAAAACUAGAAAGGAACUUUUGGGGGCAUCAUGGUAGGAGGCUUGAAAAGGAAACACUCAGAUUUGGAGGAGGAAGAGGAGGAUGAGAAGUGGGACUGGGGUCCAGCAGGCCUGCGGAGCUACCAGCAAGCCCUGCUCCGCAUCUCCCUAGACAAAGUCCAGCGAAGUCUGGGCCCCCGAGCACCCAGCCUUCGCAGGCAUGUCCUCAUCCACAACACCCUCCAGCAGCUCCAAGCUGCACUUUGCCUGACUCCUGCACCUGCCCUGCCCCCGGAGCCCCUCUUCCUGGGUGAGGAGGACUUCUCCCUGUCGGCCACCAUCGGCUCUAUUCUCAGGGAGCUGGACACCUCCAUGGAUGAGACUGAGCCCCCUCAGAAUCCAGUGGCUCCCCCGGGCCCCCAGAAUGAAGUGCUGCCCCAGCCUGAUCCAGUCUUCUUAGAAGCUCUGAGCUCCCGGUACCUGGGGGACUCCAGCCUGGAUGACUUCUUUCUGGACAUUGACACAUCUGCAGUGGAGAAGGAGCCUACACUAGCCCCACCAGAGCCUCCUCACAACCUUUUCUGUGCCCCAGGGUCCUGGGAGUGGAAUGAACUAGAUCACAUCAUGGAAAUCAUUCUGGGAUCCUAAGACUUUGACUGAGGGGGGCUUCUUCCACAUCUCAGUCUUGGUGGGCUGAAUCCUUGGAUGCAACUCUGUGUGUGUGUGUGCGCGUGCGUGUGUGUGUGAGUUUGUGUGUGUUGAUGGGGCCUUGAAGCAGUGGCUGUGGCCUCCUUUCCUCCCAUUUCAGGGUUCCACAAAUUGUCUUGCAUGUGUGUGUGUGUGUGUGUCUGGUUAUCACAGCCUUCUGUGAAGGUGGGUCUUCCUGAAUUAAUUUAUCUGUUCCAAAUGCCUUAAUGAGACUCUGUUUCUGGGAGUCUGAUUUCCCACUUCCACAUUUCUUCUGCCUUUCCCUCCAGUUCCUACUCCCCUUGUGUCCACUGGGGCCUCAGGGAAGAUAAGCUGGGCCUGUCAAAGGAUGACAGGGAUGUGCUGCCUGGUUGCUAUGGAAACCCAGCCUCUGCCUCUUGCACCUUCAGGUAAUGGGAGGGGCUGGCCUCCUCCCCGCCAGGCUGAACCCCACCUCCUUCACAGCACCCCAGUCCCAGCAGCCUCCUGAUUCAUGACCAGGCCGGACCACGUGCAAUAGGGUGGAAACCAAACUGCUCCGUGCCGCAUUAUUUAAAAGAAAGGCGGGUUUUGUGGGGGGUUUUUUUUCGGGUUUUUUUUUUCCUUUUUUGAUUGUUUGUAAUGGUUUUUUUUUAA